AUGCGAGGAUCACUCCAAAUAUCGGCAUUGGCGGCGCUGCUGCUACAAUAUGCGGCUGCUGCUCCCGUGGCUGGUAGGGCCUCAGACUGGACCACGGAUUCUUACGACUUCAUUGUCGUAGGAGCUGGACCAGCGGGCAUAAUUGUUGCGGACAGGCUGAGUGAGACGGGCUUGAAGACGCUGCUCCUGGAACAGGGAGGGCCGUCAUAUGGCAUCACGGGUGGCACAGAGAGACCUGCUUGGCUCGACGGAACCGACUUGAGCCGUGUUGACGUCCCAGGACUAUACAACACCAUCUUCACAGGAUCCCCAACCCUUGUGUGUGGAGACAGGAGCGCUGCCUACGGCGGUUGCACCAUCGGCGGCUCAAGCGCCAUCAACGCUGGCCUCUUCUUCGAGCCCCCAGCGUCGGACUGGGACGCCUUCCACCCAGACGGCUGGAAGAGCUCCGACGUAGCUGCUGCCACCAAGAGGCUGUAUGAGAGGCAGCCCUCGGUCGAGGUCACGUCUCCGUCUAAUGUCCAGUCGGGCUACGAGGCAGCCAGGAAGUGGCUUGUCGAUGGCGCGGGAUACUCUGAGGUUGUCUUUAACAAUGUGCCAGAUCAGAAGCAGGCCGUCUUUGGGCACACGUCCUACGACUACGCCAACGGGCAGCGUGGCGGACCCGUCACCACGUACCUCCAGUCCGCUCUGCAGCGGCCCAACUUCUCGCUGCAGAGCAACGUCGCGGUCUCUCGGGCAGUGCGCACGGGGUCCAAGGCAACCGGAGUCUUGGCCACCGUCGACGGCGUCGAAACCACCAUCAACCUGAGCUCCACCGGCCGCGUCGUCUUCAGCGGUGGCGCGAUCUUCAGCCCCGCGCUCCUGAUGCAGUCAGGAAUCGGACCAGCGGACGUCCUCACGACCCUUUCAGAAGCAGGUGCCCUCGACCCGGCCAUGACACCCUCGUCCUGGCUCAACAACAGCGACGUCGGCGCCGGCCUCUUCGACAACCCCAACACCUUCAUCGAGCUGACCGCCCCCAGCCUCGACUCGUACACAUACUCCUACGAAUCUCCCAUCGAGGCUGAUCGCGACAUGUACCUGAACGAGCGUUCCGGCCCGUACUCUUACGCGGGCCAGACCUCCGCCUUCUGGACGUACAUCAACCACACCGACGGCACCGCACCGACCGGCCUCCAGGGCACCAUCGGCACGGCCGGAUACUCCGACUUCACCAACGACAGCACCAUCACGCUCAACAUCUACGGCACCUCGGGCCUCCUGUCCACGGGCAAGGUCGUCCUCACCCAGGACCCCAAGACGGGCAAGUUCGUCCCCGGCGGCGGCAACGGCAACUUCUACAGCGACCCAGAGGGCCGCGACGCCGACGACAUCGCGCAGUUCAUCGCGGACCUGUUCGCGGCGCUCGACAAGAGCGACUCCGGGCUGGAGCCGCUCAACAUCCCCAAGGCGGCCACCAAGGAGGAGAUCAGGGCCUACAUCACGACCGCCUCCGACUACGCCAUGGGCAUGGUCAACCACUGGAGCUCGAGCUGCCGCAUCGGCAAGUGCGUGGACGCGCACACGCAGGUGGUCGGCACGGACAACGUGCACGUCGUCGACGCGAGCAUCGUCGCGCCGCUGACGGUCAACCCGCAGUUUGGCGUCAUGGUGGCGGCGGAGCGGGCGUCGGAGCUCAUUAAGGAGCUAUGCAACUCGACCGAGGCGGGGGCCAAGGUCUCUGUUAGUUUGUAA